AUGACUACGUAUCAGCCCUCAAGACUCUUGCCAGAGUGUAAUUUCGGUGAGGUGCCUUCCACGGGACACGCAGAUGGUACAGACGCAGCGCGCGCGGCGCAAGGAGCGCCGGUUAGCACAGCUGCAGAGCAGACAUCCUCGACAGCUACACCGACGACGGCAGUGGCUGCAGCAACGCCAUCCGGAACCACAUCGCGGACGUCUCAGUUGGCGUCGACACGUCUGCCCAAGAAGAAGGCCCAAGAGAAACAACAUAAGAGUCAUCAUAUGGAUAACAGUGAGGCUUCAAGUGAGGAUGACAGUCUUUACGACAUUCACCAGGUGCACUCAGUCACAAAAGAUGCAUCACCUAGGUUCACCAUGGGUUUGACUGUACAUGGGAAACAUAUUCCAUUUGAAGUGGACUCAGGAUCAGCCUACACCAUAAUCAGCGAGGAAACCUUCCGACAAACCUGGUCUCGAAGUAGACCGAAGCUAUGUCAAAAGGACGUACACCUCAGCACUUGGUCAGGAGAAGGACUACCACUGGCCGGCACGUGUGAUGUGCGAGUGCGAUGGAAAACAAAGGAUUACCUCCUACCGCUGCUCGUGGUAAAAGGGAAAGGAUGCAACCUGUUGGGUAGGAACUGGUUUAAACCCCUACGCAUCAAGCUCAAUGGCAUCUACUCUGUGGAACCGCAGGAUCCGCUGGAGUCCAUACUGCAGAAACACAGUGCAGUGUUCAGCGACACGAUCUCAGGACACACAGGUGCACCAGUAGACCUGGAGCUUAAAGACGACGCACGGCCUCAGUUUCAGAAGGCACGACCUGUGCCAUUUGCUUUGCGUCCGGCAGUGGAAAAGGAACUUGAGAAGUGGGAACGGCAGGGCAUAGUCACACCUAUUCAGCAUUCGGACUGGGCCACUCCUGUCGUAAUAGUACGAAAAAAAGAUGGCUCCAUAAGAAUGUGUGGAGAUUACAGGAGCACUGUGAAUCUGAUGACUAAGAAAACAGCCUAUCCAUUGCCGACAGCAUCGGAAGUGCUGGCUAACCUACAGGGUGGAAAACUUUUCUCUACGUUAGACCUGGCACAGGCAUAUAAACAACUCCAAGUAACGCCGGAGACAGCACACAUAUUGACCUUAAACACAGUAAAAGGGCUAUACGCAGUCAAGAGGCUGCCUUUCGGAGUUGCCGCAGCCCCUGCAAUAUUUCAACGUUUCAUGGAGACUGUGCUUGCAGGCAUAGAAGGCACAAGUGUGUACCUAGAUGAUGUGAUAGUGUCAGGCUCCACUAAGGACGAGCAUUAUAAUCGUCUUGAACUUGUUUUGUCGCGGCUCGAGCAGGCCAUCUUACGUCUGCGAAAAGAUAAGUGCCGUUUUGCAGUUCCGGAAGUAUGUUAUCUAGGGCAUCGGAUCGACGCUCAGGGUAUUCACACGACUGAAGAGAAGGUAAAAGCCCUAAUGGAGGCACCAGAGCCUAGAAACAAGGCCGAGCUUCAGUCAUUUCUAGGACUGCUAGCAUUCUACGACAAAUUUCUGCCCGACAGAGCUACCAUCGUAAAGGACCUCUACGAUCUGCUAGGCAAGGAGAGACUGUGGACCUGGCAAAAGCAGCACAGCGACGCACACACGCAGUUGAAGCAGUUAGUGAACAAGCGUACAGUUCUGGCGCACUACGAUAAGGACAAACCGCUCUUGUUGUCAUGCGAUGCGUCCCCUUACGGGCUGGGUGCUGUUUUAGCUCAACCCGACUGCACAGGUCAAGAAGCACCAAUAACCUUUGCGUCGCGAACCCUAGAAGACGCUGAAAGAAACUAUUCACAGUUGGACCGUGAGGGCCUGGCUGUUGUAUUUGCGAUAACCAAGUUCCAUUCUUACAUCGCAGGACGACACGUGAAGAUAAUCACGGACCAUAAACCAUUGUUAGGUAUUUUUGGGAACCAGAAACCGGUACCGCAGGUACUGUCACCGCGGAUGAUUCGCUGGCGCAUCAAACUUUCGGCUUAUGACUACGAGUUAGUCUACCGCAAAGGUUCUCAACAUCAAAAUGCGGAUUGCAUGAGCAGACUGCCGCUACAGGCGAAGACGGAUGAGCCACAUCUUCCGGGGGACGUGCUCAUGUUGGAGGCACUACAAACACCGCCGUUCACGAUUGAGGAACUAAGUGAAUGGGCUGCCAAGGAUGAAGUUCUCGCAGCAGUGCACAAGGCUGUUAAGGACGGCACCAUCUCCAAGCUGAAGGGCGAGAGAUGCCAAGCAUACGUCAGGAGAGCAAGCGAGUUAGGAACUCACAAUGGCUGUCUGACGCGGGGCACGCGUGUUGUAGUACCAAAUGCGGCAAGAAAAAGGGCCCUGGACUUAGUGCAUGCAGGCCACAGGGGAAUUGUAGCCAUGGAGGCGUGUGCACGUAGUUAUCUAUGGUGGCCGGGCAUUGAUGAUGGCAUUCAGGCAAGGGUUGAACAAUGUGCAAAGUGCCAACAACAUCGCCGGUUACCGCCGAAGACUGUUAUGAAAGAGUGGACGCGUGCAACACAGCCGUGGGAUACCAUCCAUCUAGAUUUUGCAGGACCAUUGGAGGGUGUGAUGUUGCUCAUCGUGGUUGAUUCAUACACGAAAUGGUUGGCGGUGCGUAUAGUUCGCCGAGCAACAGCUAGUGCCGUUGCAGAAGAACUGCGUGGACUUUUUGCCACAUUCGGAAUUCCACGCAAGGUUGUGUCCGACAAUGGUCCUCAUUUUGUCGCGUUGGACACCCAAGACUUUUUCAGAAGGAACGGGAUCAGGUCAGUUACAAGUGCCCCAUACCAUCCUGCCACUAAUGGGCAAGCGGAAAGAAUGGUUGCAGAAACCAAGGCUGCGCUCAUGCGUGAUCAGGAAGGAACACUAGAGUGCAGUCACGUCGGGAUCAGAGACAACGAACGAGCGGAUCAGCUAGCAUACUCAGCACACCUUAGCUGCAGUCCAUCCUUACCAGUUCCGGCCGACACCAACAGGCACAUGGCCGUUAACCAGCUAGUUGAAGUGCGUCAUCCUGGUAUACAGGACAUCAUGCAAAAUCACCGACCCUGUCUUCCCAUGAAAGAUCUUCCCCGAGUCAUACAGACAAUGCUCCAUCCGCUACGCACGGGAUCGGCGUUCACAAACUCGCAACUGUUCAAGAUCGGCUCCAGGGAGGAUUCCAGGUGCGGUCACUGUCAUUGUCCGGAAACUAUCGAACAUGAUGAGAGAUGGAAGUCAUUGAAAAGGGUAGCCAGGCUGUAG